UUGUAUCUGUUUUUAAUUUUGAGCUUUUACUUGUCAGUUUUUGCUGGAUUUGCUGAUCGCCUAUUUGAUUUUCGUUGUGCAUUUGUCUGCCAUUUUCUCGUUUUGAAUCUGUUUUUGAUUUUGAGCUUUUACUUGUCGGUUUUUGCUGGAUUUGCCGAUCGCCUAUAUGAUUUUAUUUGUGCAUUUGUUUGCCGUUUUCUCGUUUUGAAUCUGUUUUUGAUUUUGAGCUUUUAAUUGUCGGUUUUUGCUGGAUUUGUUGAUCGCCUAUUUGAUUUUUGUUGUGAAUUUGUUUGCCAUUUUCUCGUUUUGAAUCUGUUUUUGAUUUUGAGCUUUUACUUGUCGGUUUUUGAUGGAUUUGCUGAUCGCCUGUUUUAUUUGUUAAUUUUCUCAUAGUUAAUUUUAUUUGUUGAAGCCAUGGGUAAAGGAAAACAGAAACAGAAACCGACUGGUCUUGAAGUGGCUGCAGAAAGAAAGAGACGGCGUCUAAGUUUUCUCUCUUAUAUGGAGCUUGGUUCUGGUUUCACCGAGCUUGGUUCUGGUUUUUCCGUGCUCCCUAGUGAUCACUUGUUGGAGUUGGUAUCCAGGUCUCAUUUAGAGAAGUUAGUGCUUGCUUCUCAAGUAAGAAAGACUGCCCCAUGCCCCGGUCUUAUAAUGUGUGAGUGUGAGAAUUAUGCUCGUGAAAGGGUUCUUAAUUAUUAUUUUGUCGAUCUGAUGAGUCUUGAACGAUUUGAAGUAAUCAGCAGCGUUAACUGUGCCUUUAGUUACAAUACUCGUGUCCGUGGCUGUGAUGGGGGUGUUCUUCUUUUGUCUGGGCAGAAUCUGGAUGAAAUGGUGCUUUGCAACCCUGUGACUAGAGAGGCUAUAGAAAUACCCAAUCCUCGUCCUAUGUCAAGAAUUAACUGGUCCAUGGUAGGGUUUGGAGUGAGUUCCACAGGGGAAGGCCAUGUAGUUCUACUUGUGAAUCGUGAAACCAUGAUUUAUUCCCUUUCAACUCGGAGAUGGGCUGGUGUAGAACUUGGAAAAGUUGAUUGUAUUAAGAAAAGUCCAAUGAUUGUGCCUUUUGGUGGGUGUUUGCAUUGGAUGAAAAUUGAUACUUUGGAAGUGCUUAGUCUUGAUCUAAGUUCUCUUACUGUUCGGACUUUCAAGUUUCCUCCAUUCAAUGUGAAAUGUUUAGCACAUUAG